GUGCUGUUGCCAAAGAAAAAGCAAUCGGGGGUUCUGCUAGAAGGAACGAUCGGGAGCCUGAACUGAGGUACCCAGGGGCCACCAAGUAAGAGCCCAAACCUGCCUGUGGCCAGGACAAGCCUCUAGCUCGACAUGCAAUUGGCCUGAAUGGUGCUGGGUAUCGUGAGCUCGGCAUUCUCCCUGCUUGGGGCGGUUGUGGGGGUGUGCGAAGGCGUGACCAAGGCAGCCGUGGGUGCUAUCUGCCAACCCAGCGUUGCGGACGAGGAGCCGGACAUCAAUGAAAUAUCAGGACUACGAGCCCUUCUUGAGACGCUGCAGCUGACCACCGACGGAGGCCCAGAACCGGUCUUGCAGGCCUGCGUGAGUUCAUGGCUGAGUGACGAACAAGACGGAGUCUCGAUGGUCACCAUCAUCGACCUGGUGUUUGUGGUGGCCAUCAAGAGGUCCGGCAAGUCUGCCUCCUGGGCUGUGCAGUAUGCGCGCCUGUGCUCCAACCUCAAGGCGGCUGCCCAGCCGCUCAGCCUGGAAGACACUGUGCAGGACGCCCUGUAUGGCAGGUCCACAGAGGAGUACUGCAGGAUGACCUUCCGCACAGUCACCGUGGACCACUUUGGCCGCAAGAAACACCCCCAGCAGGUGUCGGAGGAGGCUGCAGACCUGAGGGGCAGCCUGCGCUUCAUCGCCUGUCUCUUUAAGGAGCACCUGCUUCCCAUCAACUUCAUCCACACCCUUGUACUGGACUUCCUGGGCCACCUGCAGGCGGCGGGGCAGGGGGGAGCCUCGGUGCACAAUCAGGCGCUGGUGGCGCUGGGGUUAGUAAGCGCGCUGCAGUGCUGUGCGGACGCAUACGUGUGCAGCGAGGCCCUGCGCAGCCCCGAGCUGGCCGGCGGAUCGGCCGAGGCGCACAUCCGCGCCAUCAACCUCACUCUGCUGCGCCUGCAGCCGCGCAUCGACCCCUUCGACGAGCUCCGCGCCGACAUGCAGGCGCAUUCCCUCCUGCUUCCCCUUCGAUUAUGUCAUCUAAGUACAGUGGAUCUGCAGUUCAAGCUGUCUUGCUACUCGUCCUCGGUCUUCGCGUCCGGCCCGCAGCAGCACUUUGGGCCGCGCCGAUCCGAGGACUCCGGCGCCACUGGUCUCCGGGGGGUAUUUCCGUUACGGGCCACCACCUUCGCCUGA